GAACGAUCACUAACGUCAUUUCUGCAAGUAUGGAACUAGCAGAACUUUUUCCUGAUCCUUACAAUAAGAACUUCGUUGUCACCAUCUGUGAUGCGAACAUCGCGACAUACCUCUCGGGAAGACAUAAUGUGCUCCAUAUCUGCUUUUUGAAUGAUCUGAAACGAGUCCCUAUAAUGGGACUCGCUUCUUACAAGUAUAAAGAUAUUUGGAACAUCAGUGUUACGAAAAUGGAGGAUUAUUAUAGGCCGUUCAAUUUCGGCCGAAAGCGCAUUCCUGAUUCUCUUGCUAGUGGAGGUAUCAUGCGUGGCGACACGGUCCAAGUGGAAUUCAAAUUUCGUGAAGAUCAAGUAUAUGUGAGGAUAGGCAAAAAUAGGACUGAUUGGACGCGAUGGUUAUGUUCGAAAUAUGACCGCUCUAUCAAAUUGUCGUUUAUCGUGGAAUCGGCUAAGAAAAACUUCGUUGUCUUGAGAGAUGACCUCUAUCUUGAUUACCUAAUGAAUGGGUCUCCCAGAAGCCUCCGUCAUUGUUUUUGUUGCAAUAACUACAAAGAUAGGGUUGUGGUGCCUGAUUGUGGCCACUACAUGUGUGUGGAGUGCUGGAGUAAAUGGUUCAAAGGAAAGCCGGAUGCAGCAUGUUUUUGUUCCAAAAGAAUCAGUCGUCAGAUCAUUGCGCGAUUGCGUGACAGUCCUUGUCCAAUUGACCACUGCCGAUUUGGAGAUACAGAACACGAAUAUGUCCUAGUGCCCUGCGGGUGCGUAGUACGAUGUGUGAAUGAACAUCAAGGAAAGCCUUUGAGAUGUCCGCAUGAGGCUUGUAACAAAGCGGUUGAAGAGAAAUGGGCGCUUUAUGAGCACUAAUUCAUCUAUGAUACAGUGGUCGUCUGGUCUAAGUCUUUCUGCUGCACAUUGCGUAUCUCUAACCUACCGCAAGAUUGCACUUUGAUGAGUGAGAGGUUUUUGCGUGUGUCAACGGUUAAAUUUCGGUUGGCUGACAAUUUGCUUUAUGCGUAUGGUUUUGAAGCAUAUCGUGCAAGUGCUAGAUGAGUGUUCUGCUCAUAUCUUCAAAGUGGUAUCUAUCUACGGGAAGUUAUUAUCUAUGUUUGGUCAUCUGGUGAACUCAAUUCUCUUUUCGAUUUGUUUGUAUUUUGUUGCUUUUCUACUUUUACGGUCGUUGUAUUUGGUAAGUCAGUCAUGCUUUAGUUAUUUUAUGACUUCUUUUUUUAUGAUCGAAUAAAAUG